AUGUCUGCGGAAUACAAGGGUCAGGACAUCAACAAGCUUGCCGAGCAAGCUGAGCAGAAUCUCAACAGCCACGCCCUGAAGACUGGCCACGACAACACCACCUCUGCCAGGCACGGUCAGGGAGCUUCCAUCAGCACUGAGGAAUCCGGUGUCGAUGUCGCGCGUGCGGAACAGUUCCCCGGUGGCGAAGUGAGAUACGGCUCGGCGGCCACUGGCCGUGAGAUCCCCGUUGAGGACGGCGGUUCUUUCCAGAAAGGCACUGGCCGCCCAACCAAGGACUAUGACUUCGAGGGCCUCGGUGGCCCUGAGGACAAGGCGAGACAGUACAGGGAGGAGAACCCUGGCAACGCCGACGUCUUUGAGAACGUCCGCCAGGCUCCCGGUCGCGAGCCCAAGGCAUAA